CAGAUCUAGAGAUAAUGCUGCUGAAAAUACGCCACGCCCUGCUGGAGGUCACUAGUCCACCGGCCGCGAAGCAGUCCGGGAUCAUCAUCAACAACGAAGUGAUCAUCAGUUCGGGAAGCAUUCUGCAACCACAUCUGGCAUUGGACGGUGACGAGGACAAAGGAGCGCAGAACAAGGCCAUUGUCUCCAGGCUGCAGCGGGGUCAACUGCUGGAUGUCCAGAAUGAGGAGCAGAAGGAGGGUGCGCGGAUCCGCUCGCUACAUUUCCAGGUCACCUUCGAUCCGCAGCAACGACGCCCGAGGCCCAACACUGCAUCUGGGUCGCGGCAACCACACAUCCUCUCCCGCUUCACUGCCCAUCCGCUGUACGUGUUCUGUGCCGACGAGGUAAGUCGCAACCUGCACCACAUACUGCUCACCGCUGACUCCGGCGAUGCGGGUGAGGUACUGCGCUCCAGCUUUGUGGUCUUGGGUUUACGAAAGCCCGAAAGGGAGGAGUCCUUCAAGCGCUUCCUCGCGCACAUCGGCAACUACUUGCGACACCUGCAGCCCCUGCACACGUUGGACGACGUGCUGGUCAUGUGUUCGCCCUUUGGCCUGGAGAACUUCUACAAGACCAUCAGCAUUGGAAAGGUAUCCAACGUAAUGGGACGCAGUGGCUGCUUGUUUGCCAUUUCAAAUGCUCUGCCACUGGGCUGUGAAGGCUCUGCUGUGUUCAACAACAAGCUGCGGCUCGUUGGCAUUGUGAUAUGCACCUCGUUCCAGCGCCAUCAGGAAAACGUCAACCUGACACUGGCCGCGAACUUUGGCUACCUUUUACGCAACUUUAUGGAAAAGCUCGGCAUGUCCACUACAGCAUUCCAGCUGAGUCGAGAGCCCUCGAGCUUCGCCUGGGAGCGCACAAUUGUGGUCAUUGAGUCGGCUGGACAACAAGGAACAGGGACAUUCAUACGAGUUCACAAUAAGCGCUUCAUCCUCACCUGUGCACAUGUGGUGGGACAGAGCAUUGAGACUGUUAAUUGCCGUGCUGCUGAUCGCGAGUUUCAGUCUGAGGUGAUUUGGUGCAAUCCGGACAGCGACAAGCCCUUCGACCUGGCGCUACUCACUGCUCCGCAGGAUGUGCCGGAUCGAUGCUGCGUGCGACUGGCCAGAACUCCGGCCACCAUCGGGCAAAUGGUGUACAACGCCGGGUUUCCCUACUACGUUAACUUCAGCUUCAGGCACGACUUCAAUCCUUCGAUUUUUCAAGGCAGGAUCAUCAAGUGCGACACUGGUGCCAUUAUGUCCGAUGGCAGCGUGCAGGCGGGUCAAAGUGGAGGACCCAUGUUCGACCAGAACGGAUGCAUCCUAGGCGUCUGUGUGUCCAACAUUAAAUUAGACGACGUCGUCUACCCAAAUAUAAAUACAGCCAUUCCAAUUUGUGAUAUCCGCAACACGUUGCAGCAGUUUGCGCGCACUAAUGACGUAAAUGUGCUAAGCAAUCUGGUAGCCAGUCCAGAUGUACACCGCGUCUGGUCUCUGGAAAUGCCGCCCAUUCGCAGCAAACUCUGAGGGACUCGCGUAAUUUUUUCAUUGCUAACGUAACUGUAAUUAGUGUUUUUAUA